AUGGCUGCCCUCAGCUCUGCGGUGUCUGGGUGUACAGCCAAUGCUGCCAGGUAGUUCUGGGGGUGUCCCGGUACCCGCGGCGGCCGCAAGGUUUUUCAGGUCUGCGGUCCUAGUCUCCUGUCGGUCUACAGGGCCAGGGCUCUGAGGAGAAUGGAUCCUUCUUUGGAUAUGUGGGACUUCUCACCUUUAAUAUCAUUGUGGAUAAACAGGUUUUACAUAUAUUUGGGCUUUGCUUUUGGCUUUAGCCUUUGGAUUUGUUUCCAGAUUGUCAUCAGGAGGCAGGACGAGAACUCACAGGAGAAAUCUGUUUCAAAAGCAACUCAGGAUUUGAUGACAAAUGGUGAUCUCUCUCUUCAAGAGAAGGAAGUCUUUGUGUCUGGAGUAAAGAUUUUCUAUGGUUCCCAGACUGGUACAGCAAAGGGAUUUGCAACAAUUCUUGCUGAAGCAGUUAGCUCCCUAGGUCUGCCUGUCGCAAUUAUUAAUCUGAAAGAAUAUGAUCCAGAUGAUCAUCUAGUAGAAGAGGUUACUAGUAAAAAUGUUUGUGCCUUCCUGGUUGCAACAUAUACUGAUGGUCGACCAACUGAGAGUGCAGAGUGGUUCUGCAAAUGGUUAGAGGAAGCAUCCAUCGAUUUUCGAUUUGGCAAAACUUACCUGAAGGGUAUGAGAUAUGCGGUGUUUGGCCUGGGAAAUUCUGCCUAUGCGAGCCAUUUCAACAAGGUUGGCAAGAAUGUUGAUAAGUGGCUCUGGAUGCUCGGUGCUCACCGCCUGAUGACUCGAGGGGAGGGCGACUGUGAUGUGGUUAAAAGCAAACAUGGCAGCAUUGAAGGCGACUUCAGAGCUUGGAAGACCAAGUUCAUCUCGAGGCUACAGGCACUUUCUAAAGGAGAGAAAAAAUCCUGUGGUGGCAACUGCAAGAAAGGCAGAUGCAAAUCUAAUCAGCACAGCUCAGAGGAGAUGGAGGCAGAGUCUCACACUCAAGACAGAUUGCAUCAGAGAGACACCGAGGAGGAGGAGCCCCUUGAGAGCACCAGUGAGGAAGAGUCUGAUACUGAGGACCAUCAGAGUCUAAAUUCUGUCAUUGAUGUUGAGGACCUCGGCAAAAUUAUGAAUCAUGUGAAGAAAGAAAAGAGAGAAAAGGAGCAGCAGGAAGAGAAAACUAGUUUGUUCAGGAACACAGCAAAGAAUGAAGCCAGUGAAAGAAGAGCUAUGAUAACUCCUGCUCUCCGAGAAGCCCUUACUAAACAAGGUUAUCAGUUAAUUGGGAGCCACUCUGGGGUGAAGCUUUGCAGGUGGACAAAGUCGAUGCUCCGAGGGCGAGGAGGUUGCUAUAAACAUACAUUCUAUGGCAUCGAAAGCCAUCGUUGCAUGGAAACUACUCCGAGCUUGGCAUGUGCAAAUAAAUGUGUCUUCUGUUGGCGGCACCACACCAAUCCAGUGGGCACUGAAUGGCGGUGGAAAAUGGACCAGCCUGAAAUGAUCUUAAAGGAAGCCAUCGAAAACCAUCAGAGCAUGAUCAAGCAAUUUAAAGGAGUUCCGGGUGUCAAGGAAGAACGCUUUGAAGAAGGAAUGACAGUAAAGCACUGUGCAUUGUCACUUGUAGGAGAGCCCAUCAUGUACCCAGAAAUCAACAGGUUUUUGAAACUACUCCACGAGUAUAAAAUCUCCAGUUUCCUGGUCACAAAUGCACAAUUCCCUGCAGAAAUCAGGAAUCUCAAACCAGUUACCCAGCUGUAUGUCAGUGUGGAUGCUAGCACCAAAGACAGUCUGAAGAAAAUCGACCGCCCACUCUUCAAGGAUUUCUGGCAAAGAUUCCUCGACAGUUUAAAAGCCUUGGCAGCAAAGCAACAGCGGACUGUCUACAGACUGACUCUAGUGAAAGCAUGGAAUGUGGAUGAACUCCAGGCCUAUGCUGAGCUGGUGUCCCUGGGGAGUCCUGACUUCAUCGAAGUAAAGGGUGUUACCUACUGUGGAGAGAGUUCGGCAAGCAGUCUUACCAUGGCCAAUGUGCCCUGGCAUGAGGAAGUGGUACGCUUUGUCCAUGAGUUGGUGGAUUUGAUCCCCGGCUAUGAAAUUGCUUGUGAACAUGAACACUCCAAUUGCCUCCUGAUAGCUCACAAAAAGUUUAAGAUUGAUAGAGAAUGGUGGACGUGGAUCGAUUAUAACCGCUUCCAGGAGCUCAUCCAGGAAUAUGAAGACAGCGGUGGAUCAAAAACUUUCAGUGCAGAAGAUUAUAUGGCUAAAACUCCUCCCUGGGCUUUAUUUGGUGCCAGUGAAAGAGGCUUUGAUCCCAAGGACACAAGAUAUCAGAGAAAGAACAAAUCAAAGGAUGUUUCUGGAUGUUGAGAUUAUCUGACUUCAGGAUACUGAAGGACAAAAACUGAUGGCCCCAGAAGGUUCUCAGACUCCACUGUGAUUUUUUCCAAGGACAAAUUAACACAAAUUAUAUUUUAUAUUGAGGAGACCAUAAGGCAAAACAUGGGAAUGCAAGUUACGCCCCGGGGUUGGGGAAGGCAGCUUCCACACUUUGAGUGCCUGGGACUCGGCCUCACCGUUUCCAGAACUCAGUCCCCUUCCUGAUUUUACUUCUGAGAGGGAAGUCAUUUUAGGGGGGAAGUACACAUCCUUAUUAGAAUAUAACUGGCAGUUUUGAAUUAUAAUUAGUAAGCCUCCCUAGAAUGCUAUUCAGAAAAGUGUUGUGCAGAAUGAAUAUCUCUUCCUCUUCCCCUCGUGGGCUGUUGGCUUUUGUGGAUUAUACUCCCUGAGGUGAGUAUAUCUGCUCCCUCUAAGACCUCCAUCUUUCUCUUAUAUCUUAAGAUAACACCUCCUGAAAGUAAUUUAAGUUGUCAUAAUUCUCAAUUAUUUUUAAAUACCACAUAGAUUACUUUAAAUUUUUUCUUAGUGCCAACGCUUUAGAAAUUGAGUUGGAUCUGAAACUGUGCUAGAUCUCAUUGUGUUGCCAUACGAAUUGCCAUAGAAGGUAAUAAAUGGGCUGGAUUAGAGUAAAAGUUCUCUUCUGUAAGAGGAAUUGCCAUAGGAUGUCAUUGAAUAAUUAGUCUCACAAACAAACUGUGAAACAGUACGAUUUGCUUUUUGUUGAAAAAGUCAGUGUUUAAGCCUCUUAUUGCUGCACAUGUAGCAGGUCUCCAUCUUCUUUCAUUCUGUAGCCCCAGCUACUUCAUGCAAUCUGUUCUUUAUGGUUCAAGUUUUUUCUAAUUGGAAACAUCAUUAAAUACUCAGUAGGUUUUUUUAAAGUAUCGUAGUUAUUUUUAAAAUUCCUUUAUCCUAAAAUUUUAAUUAAUAAAACAUCUUUUGUAAAGACUUAGAACACAAAUUUUCUUUUGAGUGCUUAUUUUAAAGAUGUUUCUAGUUGUGUGGUUCUAAGCCCUAUCAGACCCACUUCCUCCUUAUACAUCAGCUGUUUUGUAACACCCUCUAUUCUCUGCUGAAGUAAAAUUCAUAGAUAAUAUAAUCUACCUACUCAUUUAGUUGAAAACUGGGCACUGUAUUUAUUUCUAAGUGAUAGAUUCAAAACACUUCUCUCAGUUGUGACAUAGGAUGGGAUAGUGACCAAGUAUCACAGAAAUCUUAUGUUCUGUCUUGAACCCACAUCUUCAAGCUUUGUUUAGUCUCCUGUUCUGUUGAUGUAUGAGACAGACAGGAGACAGGAGUAGUCUAGGUCAGUGAGGCAGCAUCUCCUUGAAACUCAGAUGCGUUAGUGGUCAUUGAAUAGAGACGGAAAACACCUUAAAGUGGAAUGAAGUGUUAAAAAGCAAGAGCUGUGCUAAGGAGCCCACAGAGGGGCUCCUGUUUGUGACAGGUAAGCGAGCAGCCAGUUGUUGCAAAACGCCUCAGAGGCCGCUGUGAGGAGCGAGGCAGGAGACAGAGUGUGCAGGGCUUUGGGCCAUCUCUCAAUCUCUUUCUCAACCAGACAACUUUUAUUUUUUAUGUAUUGAGGUUCUGCUUAAGAUUUAACUUGGGCAAGAAUAUUCUGUUGCUUCAAAGAAAAAAAACAUAGCAAACCUCUCACCUUCAGAAUGAGCCUUCUUGACUCCAUU